CUCACUCACCGGCGGGCCUCACACGCGCCCUCUACCGGCCAGACAGCGCGCACACAGCCGCUGUUCUCCUGGAGCUGCCGGACCACUCAAUCCAGGCGUAAUUCAGGAAUCAGGACUCACUCACACAUUUCUCCUCUAAGUGUGGAGCAAGCCGGCAAGGAGCAGCCGUGUCGGCGACAAUCUCCUGUCACUCCCCGACAGCAGGCAGAGGGACGGAGGGCUGGGAGAGCACACUUUAGGUCUGAACAAAGUCUAGGUAGGAUUUAAGUUCCACAAAGACACAAGAGUUAACCCCGCGGCUGGGGGUUAGCGCUACGACGGCGACAUGGAGAAAGUUAUCAAUUGGUUGUUUGCUGCAAUAACCCUGCUGUUGUCCGCCCGGGGAGAAGUUUUUAAAGGCUCAGUGGUGUCAGCCGGAGUAUGGAAAAUGGCCUAUCAUGAGCACUUCAGAGGAGGAGAAAGCGAUUGUAACUUUGAGAAGCCACUGGCAGCAUGUGGAUACAGCCAAGGCCGAGAUGAUGACCUUGACUGGGAGCAGGCAAAUACCAGAGAGAAGUCUCCAUCAGAUCCCUGGAUGCCCUCAGGUUCAGCUUUUAUGAUGGUGAACACAUCAGGACGUUUUGCAGGGCAGAAGGCUUUACUGCUGACACCUCAGCUGAGGGAGAAUGACACCCACUGUGUUAUCUUCAACUACUAUAUAGGAGGCAGAGACAACAGCCACCCUGGUCACCUAAAUGUCUAUAUCAAGGAAAACAACAGUCCUAUGGGCAUGCCUGUUUGGAACGUGUCAGGUCCAGCCUCUCGCUCCUGGGGACAGGUGGAGCUGGCCGUCAGCACCUACUGGCCCAACUUCUACCAGAUUGUGUUUGAAGCUGUAACCUCAGGGCAGCGUGGCUUGCUGGCCAUCAAAGACGUAGUGGUCCAGGGCCACCAGUGCAUGAAUACUCCUCACUUCCUGACUAUAAAGGGAGUUGAGGUGAAUGCUGGACAGACUGCAUCUUUUCACUGUACCGUCAAUGGACGCAGGAGAGACAACUUCCGCCUCUGGCUUCAGGGCAUCGGUGGACGGGAGGCCCCAAUGAAAGCUACUAAACCUUGGAACAACCGCCGCUUCAUAGGCACUUUCGAUGUGGAGAAUACAACCAAGGGCGACUCGGGCCGCUACCGCUGCAUUGUCCACUCAGACAAAGGGGUUGGAGUGUCCAAUUAUGGAGAACUAACCAUAAAACAGCCCCCAGUGCCUAUUGCGCCCCCUCAACUGACUGCUGUCGGCGCCACCUACCUUUGGAUCCAGCUGAAUGCCAACUCCAUCAAUGGGGACGGUCCAAUAAUUGACAGAGAGGUGGAAUACCGCACUGUUUCGGGCACUAUGUAUGACCUGCAGCCGGUGGACAAGACCACGCACAAGAUCGGCCACCUCGAUCCAGACACAGAGUAUGAGAUCAGUGUUCUGCUGACCAGACCUUUGGAGGGAGGCACUGGAGCUCCUGGACCCCCUCUAAGGGCGAGGACCAAGUGUGCUGAGCCCAUGCAUGGCCCGCGACGGUUGGAAGUGGUGGACAUCCAGUCCAAACAGGUGACCGUACGCUGGGAACCUCUGGGCUACAAUGUGACGCGCUGCCACAGUUACAACCUGACCGUCCAGUACCGCUCCAGAGUGGCUGGCAAGGAGGAGACCAGGGAGGAGGUGUGUUAUGACACACAGAGCCGCAAUCCUCAGCACACCAUCCACAACUUGACGCCCUUCACCAACCUCAGUGUCAAGCUGGUGCUGCGCAACUUGGAGGGUGUCAAGGAGAGCACUGAGCUAGAGGUUCAGACUGAUGAGGACGUGCCGGGGGCUGUUCCUCUAGAGUCCAUUCAGGGCAGUGCCUAUGAGGAGAAGAUUGUCCUGAAGUGGAGAGAACCAGCACAGACCUAUGGGAUCAUCACUCAGUAUGAGAUCUCCUACAAGGCGGUGAGCUCCUUUGACCCUGAGCUGGACCUUUCCAACCAGAGUGGGAAGGUAGUGAAGCUGGGCAACGAGACCACCCACAUGUUCACAGGCCUCUACCCGGGAUCUACGUACUCCUUCACCCUGCGCGCUAGCACAGCCAAGGGCUACGGCCCCCCUGUCAUCACCCAGUUCACCACCAAAAUUUCAGCUCCCUCCAUGCCAGCAUAUGACCAGGAGACCUCACUGAACCAGACAGACAGUACAGUCACUGUGCUGCUUAAACCUGCCCAGAGCAGAGGAGCACCAGUCAGUGCGUACCAGGUGGUGGUGGAGGAGGAACGUCCACGCAGAGCACGAGGCACAGCAGAAAUCUUGCGCUGCUACCCAGUUCCCAUUCAUUUUCAGAACGCCACGCUCUUAAAUUCACAGUACUACUUCACUGCUCAGUUUCCUGCUGCUGGCAUCCACUCACCCCAACCAUUCACUGUGGGGGACAACAAGACCUACAAUGGUUAUUGGAACGCCCCUCUACUGCCACAGAAGAGCUACAGUAUCUACUACCAGGCUGUCAGCACAGCCAACGGGGAGACCAAAAUCGACUGUGUUCGGGUUGCCACCAAAGCCGCCAUACUCGUGACUCAGCUGACAACCCCCUACAUCCGCAUCGCCCCAGCGGCAGGUGACAACCAACUAACAGGAGCUGCCACUCACAAACCUGAUGCAGUGGAACCAGAGAAACAAACAGACCACACGGUGAAGAUUGCAGGGGUUAUUGCUGGUAUUCUACUGUUCAUCAUCAUCUUCUUAGGAGUGGUACUCCUCAUGAAGAAAAGAAGAACCUAUCACUCCUACACUUACUACCUGAAAUUGGCCAAGAAGCGCAAGGAGACACUGAACAGUACCCGCCAGGAGAUGACAGUGAUGGUCAACUCCAUGGACAAGAGCUACACAGAGCAGGGUACCAACUGUGAUGAGGCUCUGUCCUUUAUGGACCCACACAACCACACACUGAACACCCGCAGUGAGUGUGCCCUGACGCUCAACGCCCGCAGCGAGUGCACCCUCACUCUCAACGGCCGAGCUGGAUCAUCACCUUCUUCCUUCACUCUGCCAAAGGCGAACACUCUCAGUACUUCCAUCCCCACCAACUCGUACUACCCAGAUCCCUUUGUGCCAACUGCUAUCUUAGAUGACAGUCAGAACAUGGGCAGCGACACCAGCAGUCUGGUGCAGUCCCACACUCACUCCCUAAGGAAGCGGGAGCCCGUUGAUGUGCCGUACCAGACGGGUCAGCUGCACCCGGCCAUCCGCGUGGCAGACCUCCUCCAGCACAUCACCCAGAUGAAGUGUGCUGAGGGCUAUGGCUUCAAGGAGGAGUAUGAGAGCUUUUUUGAAGGACAGUCUGCACCAUGGGACUCUGCCAAGAAGGAUGAGAACCGCAUGAAGAACCGAUAUGGGAAUAUUAUUGCAUAUGAUCACUCCCGUGUCAGGCUGCAGGCCCUGGAGGGGGAACAGAGCUCCGAUUACAUUAAUGCAAAUUACGUUGAUGGCUACCACAGACCAAAUCACUACAUUGCCACUCAAGGACCCAUGCAGGAGACUGUCUUUGACUUCUGGAGGAUGGUCUGGCAGGAGAACACAGCAGCGAUCGUCAUGGUGACCAACCUGGUGGAAGUGGGCAGGGUGAAGUGUUGUAAGUACUGGCCUGAUGACACCGAGAUCUACAGAGACAUCAAGGUGACGCUUAUCGAGACUGAGCUGCUAUCAGAGUAUGUCAUCAGGACCUUUGCAGUAGAAAAGAGAGGGGCUCAUGAGAUCCGUGAGAUUCGACAGUUUCACUUCACGGGCUGGCCAGACCACGGUGUGCCCUAUCACGCCACAGGCCUGCUGGGGUUUAUUAGGAGAGUCAAGUCCAAGACCCUGACCAGUGCUGGGCCAAUGGUGGUUCACUGCAGUGCUGGUGCCGGUCGGACAGGCUGUUUCAUCGUUAUUGACAUCAUGCUGGACAUGGCUGAGAGAGAGGGCGUGGUAGACAUUUACAACUGCGUGAGGGAGCUGCGCUCACGGAGAGUCAACAUGGUCCAGACUGAGGAGCAGUAUGUCUUCAUCCAUGAUGCCAUUUUGGAGGCAUGUCUUUGUGGCGACACCACCAUUCCUGCCAGUCAGCUCCGCUCUGUCUACUACGACAUGAACCGCCUGGACCCGCAGACCAAUUCCAGCCCCAUAAAAGAGGAGUUUAGGACUCUGAAUAUGGUGACUCCCACGCUGAGGGUGGAAGACUGCAGCAUUGCGCUGCUGCCUAGGAACCACGAGAAGAACCGGUGCAUGGACGUCCUGCCUCCUGACCGCUGCCUUCCCUUUCUAAUCACCAUCGAUGGGGAGAGCUCCAAUUACAUCAACGCUGCCCUCAUGGAUAGUUAUAAACAGCCCUCUGCAUUCAUAGUAACCCAGCACCCGUUGCCAAACACAGUGAAGGACUUCUGGAGAUUGGUGCUGGACUACCACUGCACGUCAAUAGUAAUGCUCAACGAUGUUGACCCAGCCCAGUUGUGUCCACAGUACUGGCCAGAGAAUGGCGUCCACCGCCAUGGACCCAUCCAGGUGGAGUUUGUCUCCGCUGACUUGGAGGAGGAUAUCAUCAGCAGAAUAUUCCGGAUCUACAAUGCAGCUCGGCCUCAGGAUGGCUACCGGAUGGUGCAGCAGUUCCAGUUCCUGGGCUGGCCCAUGUACAGAGACACGCCCAUGUCCAAACGCUCCUUCCUCAAGCUCAUUCGACAGGUGGACAAAUGGCAGGAGGAGUACGAUGGGGGCGAGGGACGCACUGUGGUCCACUGUCUGAACGGAGGCGGCCGUAGUGGGACGUUCUGUGCCAUCAGCAUUGUGUGUGAGAUGCUUCAACACCAGCGCUCUGUGGAUGUUUUCCACGCUGUCAAAACACUGAGGAACAAUAAGCCUAACAUGGUGGACCUGCUGGACCAGUACAAGUUUUGCUAUGAAGUGGCGCUGGAGUACUUGAACUCUGGGUAAUCCGGGGCUAUGUAUCAACCAGAAAUGAAAAGUUUGGGACUUUACAGACAACUGCGGCUCACAUGUGUGCAUUAUGCUAAGAGUGUGUGUUACUGACCAGACAGGAGGACACACCAGACCAUACAUGCAGCUCCUUUGACCAGCUCUCCUCCUCUUCUUCUUGAUCUAGACAGGAAGUUGUACAGUGUUAAAUAUCCCGGCCUGUUUCUGUCUGUUCGGCUAAGGAGGCCAGCAGGAGCACAGUGAGUUUAAGUUUUUGUUCGACCCCUCUGCAGUAAGUUGCCUCCUCUCUGGAUCCCUAUUUCUCUCUGUCUCUAUUUCUUGUCAGCUCCCUGGAGUCCCGUGGUUGUUGCCUUGAUCCUCAUUGGAUGACAAGCAUUAAAUACCCUCCAGUUCUCUGUGGAAUGUGAUGCACUGUAUAUAAUAUAAUGUUUCCAUUUUACUCUGAUUUCUGUUUUUGCUCAGCUCUUAAUUAAAAGUCAUUAAAUGCAGGAGUGUAAAGCCUAAAUGUUACUAAAUGUCCUGUAAAUUUAUGACUUCUAGAUGACUAUUGCUUCAUGUUGGGACAGCUGGCUCAGUCUACAUUUGCUUCGCUUUUUUCCUGUACAGGGAUCCAAAGCUUUAUUUGCACUUCCAUUGAAUUCUUGUUGUGCAUAUUGUACAGAUAUCUGUAGAUUAUUUAUUCACAGUAUGUACUUUUUUGUGACUCUCAGUAAGUGACAAUCAUAUGUUCUAUAGGUUUGGUUUAUUGACUGUAUUGUGUGCUUUUUUGGUCAUCUUGUAUGAUGGAGUAAUUCCACUGUAAAGAAAAAGAUGUAUAAACGUAUCUAAAAUAUA